AUCAUUGGAAAAAAAUUAAUAUAAAUAAUCUUUAUCGAAUAUCAAUACAUAUUUACAUAUUAAAUUACAUUCAAAAUGUUCAACAAGAUAUUUUAUAAAUGUUCAACAAGGUUAUUUUAUGAAAAUGCAUUCUUUUUAUUAUAUAAAAAAGUAUGCACAUAAAUAUAUGUUAACUAAUAUGAUAAUUAUAUGAAAGUUAGCAUAUUAGGGAAGUUUUUAUAUUUAUUUUAUUUAAUUUAAUUUUUUUUAUAAUGUCAAGAAAAAAAAAACGUGAAACUUGUGGGGAAAAUGGAUUUGAAGAUUGGGGUGGCUAUAUGGCUGCUAAAGAAGCAAAAUUAGAAGAACAAUUUAAAAAUGAAGCAGACAAAGAAAUUAAAACAUCUAAUAUAUUUAAAGGAAUUGCAAUUUUUGUAAAUGGUUAUACUAAUCCAACUGCAGAUGAACUUCGUCAUUUAAUGAUGGUACAUGGGGGUAUAUAUCAUCAUUAUAUGAGGCCAAAAGCAACAACUCAUAUUAUUGCAUCUAAUUUACCAUACUCAAAAAUAAUAUUAUAUAGAAAAAGUCAAAAUCCAAUUCCUAUAUGUAAACCUGAAUGGAUUAUAGAUAGUAUAAAAGCUAGUAGAAUUCUUAAUUUUCAAAAUUAUUUGCUUUAUUCUCAUUGUACAAAUGUACAACCUCAAUUGAAAUAUAUAAUACAAAAUAAAAGAAAUGAAACUGAUGUUAUUUUUGAAACACAUAAUGAUAUGCAAAAAAAUAAUGAAGUAAGUACUCUGAAAAAUGAUAAUAUAAUUGAAACAACUAAACAUACUUCUAUAAAAGAAAAUAUCUCAAUAUUACCAAUCAAUUCAAAAGAUGCUAAUUCUACAAAAAAUCCAGAAUUUAUAAAGGAAUUUUAUAAUCAUUCACGAUUACAUCAUAUCUCAACAAUGGGAACUACAUUCAAAGAAUAUGUUAAUGAAUUAAGAGAUAAAAAUAAUGGAGAAUUUCCUGGAUUUAUAAAGUUAAAAAAAUUAAAAGAUAAAAAAUUAAACAGACUACUAUUUGAUUCUCAAUUAAGCAUUAAUAAUGAAUUAAUUGAUUUACAAGAAGAAAAUAAGAUAGAAAUUAAUCAAGAUUGUAUCAUUAUGCAUAUAGAUAUGGAUUGCUUUUUUGUUUCAGUUGGUCUUAGGGAUAAACCAGAAUUAAAAGGCUUACCUGUUGCAGUAACUCAUGCAAAAGGCAAUAAAAAUUCUGUAAAUAUUAAUAAACAAACUUUAGAUGAUAAUAAAAAUAGAGAUGAAGAACAGUGUUCAUUAUCAGAGAUAGCAUCUUGUUCUUAUGAAGCAAGAAAAGCUGGUGUAAAAAAUGGCAUGUUUUUAGGAGAGGCAUUAAAAAUUUGUCCUGAUUUAAGAACAAUACCAUAUAAUUUUGAAGGCUAUACAAAAGUUUCUUAUAUAUUAUAUGAUACUGUAGCAUCAUAUACAUUAGACAUUGAAGCAGUUAGUUGUGAUGAAAUGUAUGCAGAUUGCACAAAAAUAUUAGAAGAAUCUGGUUUAACACCAAUGGAAUUUGCAACUAUAAUUAGACAGGAAAUAAAAGAAAAAACUGGUUGUCCUGUUUCAACAGGAUUUGGAAGAAACAAAUUAUUAGCAAGAUUAGCAACAAGAAAAGCAAAGCCAAAUGGUCAAUUUUAUAUACAACAAGAACACAUUAAUAAUUGCAUUAGCUCUUUUAAUGUACAAGACUUGCCAGGAGUUGGAUGGACAACAACACAUAAAUUAAACAAUAUUAAUAUACGAACAUGUGCAGAAUUACAAAAAAUUCCCUUGAUAACACUACAAAAGGAAUUUGGCAAAAAAAUGAGUGAAAUUUUAUAUAAUAUGUGUCGUGGUAUAGAUAAUUCGAAACUUAAUUUAGAACAUAUUAGAAAAUCUGUUUCUGCAGAAGUAAAUUAUGGAAUAAGAUUCGAGAAUAACGACGAUGCGAUAGAAUUUUUAAAAAAAUUAUCACAUGAAGUAUAUAAUCGAUUGAAAAAAGCUAACGCAAAAGGUAGAUGCAUUACAUUAAAAGUUUUAAUUAGAGCAAAAGAAGCACCUAAAGAAACUGAAAAAUUUAUGGGACACGGAUUGUGUGAUUAUGUAACAAAAUCAAAAAAUUUUAUCGCUCCAAUUAAUGAUGUUGAUAUUAUAACAAAGGAAGUUAUUAUACUUUGGAAUCAAAUGCAAAAAAUACCAGAAGAUGCAAGAGGUAUCGGCAUACAAAUAUCUAGACUAGAAAUAUUAAAAAAUAAAUCUCGCAAUACAACUUUAACAAAUUUCAUUAAAAAUAAACAAAAUAGUACAAUUCAUCGAUCUAUUGAAACAAAUACAAGCAAUAAUAUUCAGCCUUUAAUAAAUUCAAAUACUAUUGCGUCUGUUUCUAGAACUACUAAUAACAGAGACAAAUUAUGCAUUCCAUUUGAUAUGAGUGAUUCAAUUCCGAUGGAAAUACAAAAUGAAAUUUUAGACAUUGACAAAAAUAAGAAACAAACAGAAAAUGAAAAAGAUCAAACUGUUAAUAUAGAAACUACAUAUAAAAAUGAAUCAAAAAGUGUACAAACGCAUCAUGAAAAUUUUUUUAAACAAAUAAAAUCUGGUAUUUCAAGACCAACAAAGAUAGAAAUGCCACCUAUUCAAGAAAUUGAUAUGUCUGUUCUAAUAGAAUUACCUGAAGAUAUACGAAAUGAAAUUCUUAAUGAAUAUGCUAAAAAAAGUGAAGGUAAAAUGGAUAUUAAUAUAAAUAAAAAUAACAAUUCAUCGAGUAGUAAACCAAUUUCUUCAGAAACUAAAUAUGAUGAACAAAAUAUUUCAUAUUCACAAGUAGAUCCAGAGUUUUUAGCAGCAUUAUCGGAAGAUCUAAGGCGCGAUGUUCAAUCAUAUUGCAUUGCUAAAAAAGCAGAAAAGUGUUUGAAACUGAAAAAAAAUGAAACAAAUAUUAAUGGAUUUACAAAUGAAAAUAUAAAACAUAAUAAAAAAAUAGAAAAUAAUUCGAAAAAUAAAAAUGGUGGUAAAAAUGGCAAAACAAUUUCUAAAAAUAAAAAGAAGAAUGUGCAAACAUUCAAAACAAUAAAAAACAAUAAAAAUGAAUUUAAAAAUGUAUCAGAUAAUAAAACUAAUGUUGGUAUUACAAAAUUUACAACAGCGUGUAUAGAAAAAACUGAAUCUGUUAAUGAUCAAAUUACUACAGAUGAAGCUGAGAUUAUUCUUUCUCAUAAUCGUACUAUCUUAGAAGAUAACGAUAAUACAAAUCAACAUCAAAACAUUUUAAUCGAAGUUGUAAAGCGUUUACUUAAUUUACCUCUGAAACAGGUAAAAUUACAAAUACAAAUGUGGAUCACUAAUUCUAAAAUCGUGAAUGAAAUUGAUUUUUUGUCAAUUACGACAUUUCUUAGCAUGCUUCCGGAAAAGAAACGAAUCGAAGAUUUACAUGUAUUAUUAAAAACCAUGCAUAGAUGUAUGACAAAAACUGGAAAUUGCAUUUGGCAUGGGACAUAUAGGAAAAUAGUAAAAUACGUUCAACAUUAUAUGCAAAUUGAAUAUAACAGCAACCUCAUGGUACCACCAAUCAAAUGCAACCUUUUGCAGUGUAACAGUGAUGUAAUGUAAUUUUUCGGAAUUUAAUAAAUUAAUAUUUUUACAAUGAGGUUAA